AUACGGCGGCCAUCAUCGUGUAUUACGUGAAUGAAGCCUAACCAUAAUUUCUGUAAAAAUGGUUGGCAGGUGUGCUGUUCCUGGUUGUAAAUCAACAUAUUUCAAAGGAAAUCAAAAAGAAAACGAGGGAUUUAAAUUUUGAACGUGUUCCAUCCUUUCAAACGUAGGAAUCGUAAUGCUGGAGCAAUUCCCAAACAUUUUCUGAUAAAUGAUACACCUAGUCGACAAGCAAUGCAAAAUGUUGAUGGUUUCAAAUGGAGAAAUAACCUUAAUGUGGAAACAAAUGCUAGCAAUGCAUCAGUAAGGAAACGACCAAAAGUAGACAAAAUACCUACUACGUCUAAGAGAAAAAAAUUUGACAGUACAGCACCCUCCGUGGAAAUUACCUCUACUAUUAAAGAAUCAAUCAACAUUCCCCAGGCUGCUGAAGAAGCAAUUUUUGAUCCACUUCCAGAUUCAAUCAAGGAAAAUCUUGCUGUUGUCAUGGAAGAUACGAUAGUUGCAUCACCUUCUAUGGAAGCAAGCUCUACUAAUUUCAAGUCUAAUUUUGUGACAUUUCAGUCACUAGUAACUUCCAUCAAUGGUACCAAAGAAUUGGACAUGGUAUUUUGAUCAAAUUAAACAAACGAUUUUUUGCAUUUCGAUGGAUCAACUACCAAAUGAAAAUUAUAAUGUGAAAAGUGUACAUUUUCAAAACAAGAAGUAGUGUAUUAUGUCAACGGAACAAUAAACAAUUUACACAACCAAA